AUGGAUCUUAGAGAGACAGCCUGUGGUGGUCCAGAUGAUGCACCGAAAAGGAGACCACCUGUUGGAGCCGCGGUGAAGCAAUUUUUGUUGCUGGCUCUUGGUUCGAUGCUCGCCCCAAAGAUGUCACGACUUUGUGAUCUCGAUUAUGCAGAGUACAUGGUUGGAAGGGUGGAGGACAUUGCCACUUUUAAUUGUAGUGGUUUUGUUGCCCGUAAUCUGAAUCUUGGAGAUAUCCACUUCUUAAUGAUCCAUUUGCUAGAUUUCCUUAAUAUGAGAGGGUUUGCCACAAAAACCAUCCCGACCUGCAGCUAUUGGUUCGACCCAAGGGUGGAUAAGAACGUGUCAAGAGGGAUUGGGAAUCAGGGUCGAGCAGCUCGACUCCUUCUACUGAUUGGUGGGCGGAUGUUGACUUUGGAAACCCUUGAGGACGAUGAGCUUAAGUCAUUGGAGUCAUUGACUGAAAAAGUGAUGGAUGUAUGGGAAACAAGGCGGGAUAGUAUCUGGAGAGUCGUCAUUAUGCGCCAUCAAGGAAACAAUUGA